CCCAGACGGAUAGAGUCCUCUAACUACCAGCUCUGACGCACUAUUUCUUGGAUAGAAGGACACCAGACCUGUUAAUCGACAUGUUUUCACUGAGGUUCUUGGAAAUGUUGGUUCUGGUAAUCCUCCUCUGGAGCAUCCACACAGAGGCUAAACCACUGAGAAAGAGGACUGUCAGUGAGGUGCAGCUUAUGCACAAUGUUCGAGAACACAAACAAGUAGGAGAAAGGCAAGACUGGCUCCAGGAAAAGUUGAAGGGAAUUAUUGUGGCCAGCUCUAAACCACUACAUGGAAAAAUUAUGAACGGUGAAAGAUCCAGACCGGGCUACCCCCUGUCCGGGUGA